AGCAAAGCUAGCUCUUCAUAGGUCUCAGCUAGCUUCCAGACCAUCCCUGCCGUCCAGCUGGUAAAAACCAAAAAUAGACCCAGGAAACAUCAGAGACUCUAUCAGAAAUGAAUGACGAAAGACCAACAUAUGCACAGCUGAAAUUAUCCAAGAAGAGUAAGGACAAAAAACAGUCCACUCAGAAAAAGAAAGAAUAUCCAUGGCGCAUAAGUGUUGUGAUCCUGGGAACAGUAUGUCUUUGUCUUCUGAUAUCAAGCACAGUCUUUGGAUAUUGGUUUUUUCAGGCUACUUCAAACUUCAAAAUUCAAUAUGAGAAAGAUAAAAAUGAAAGUGCUGUCUCCUCAAUGGAAGUAGUACAUUCUUCAGGUUUACUACUUACUGCUGCACGAAAAGGCUGCUAUACAUGUCAAGGAGGGUGGUCUUGCUGUGGAGGAAAGUGUUACUUCUUUUCAGAAGAAGAAAAGACAUGGGAUGAGAGUGAGGCAUCCUGCAAAGUCCUGGGUUCUCUUCUCGCUAAGAUUGACAGCAGAGAGGAGCAGAACUUUAUUCAGUCACAAGUGAAUUACAGCUAUUGGGUUGGAUUACAUAAAAAAGGAAGUCAGUUCCAGUGGGUACACCAUAAGGAUGCAAAACUUUCUUCAGAUUUAUGAGGGGAUGAGAUGAGAGCCCUACUCAAGAUGUGGAAGUGCAUGGCUUGUGCUGAGCCCAGAGCGUUUUAUUUCUUUCUCUGUUCUAACUAUCCCUAGACCCAGGCCUGGAAGCUUCUAGAAUCUACAAUCUUACUCUUCCAAGCUGACUGAUUCAAUCCAGCAUCUCUUGGCUUCUGAAUGAAUUGCUCCACUUGGCUUCAUACUAACUUUGGCUUUGGCAAUAUGUUCCAAUCUUUUGGUUCCUUCUUAUUCUAUAGCUUAAUCUGUCUUCUAUAUAAAACUGUGAUACAUUCCUUUCCCCCCCCCCUCUCUCUCUCUCUCUCUCUCCUCUUAAGGGCCUCUCUCUGCUGUGCUCUUCCCAUGUGAGUUGGCUAUAACUUAUCUGUGACUCAUUCUGUCAUAUUUUAUAUGAUAGAUUCUCUGAUUCAUCACUUUCUCUGCUCCUCAAAUAGACAUAAUUUUAAAACAAGACUACUUUCUUAUACACACUAUCUUUUUAUGUUGUUGUUUUGAAUUAAUAUCUGUAAUAAGGGCAUGUCUGUAUUCCAGUCCAAGGGAUUAAAGUUGUAUUUUUCCAAUGAAUUGCACAGACAUAGAAGGUCUUUGGAUGUGGUCCCUUUCCACAAUAUCUAUGUUGCUGGAUUAAAAUUCCUCUACAAUUAACAAAGAAGACUUUCUUUCCAUGCACCUUUAGUUUUUUUAUUUGUUGUUUUAUUAUCAUUUGUAAAUGCCCAUGCAUGCUUCACAUAUGUCUGUGCACCAUGUGACUGCCUGAUAUAGAAGAAGGCAUUAAAUUCUCUAAAACUGAAGUUACAGAUCACCGUGAGAAAUCAUGUGGGUGUUGGGAAUUGAAACAGGCCCCCUAGAAGCACAAUCCAGAGCCAUCUCUAACAUUUCUAUUAAGAAAAAAGACACUAAAUCCCUAUAGUAUGUCUUACCAUUUAGCAGCUAUCAUCAGCUAUCAUCAGAGAGUUGUAGUGUCCACUGAAAUAAACAAAUAUUUAUGUUUUUAGGUUGUGAGAAUAAAAUUAUACCUAAUGAGUGAUAUUUCUAAAAUAACCUUUCUUUUUCUUUUCCUUUUCUCUUUCUUUAUUUCCUUCUUUCUUUCCUUCUUUCUUCCUUUCUUGUUUGACACAGGGAUUUUCACACAGCAACACAUGUAGCAGAUGCAGAAUGUGGAUAUAUCAAGCCAAAAAAUCUCAACGUUGCUCCAUGUCAUAGAUAUUUCUACUACAUUUGUAAAAGGAAUUUUACCUGCCCAAUGACUUAAGAGAAUUAGUAAAAGCAGUAUAACUGUUUUUUUUUUUUAUUCCUUAGUGGCUAUUAGUAAAAUAAAAUUCAUCCAAGUCG